AUGAAACUCUGCCACAUUUUCUUCUGCUCCAUUUUCCUCUACCUGCAGGAUGGAAACACUGGACUUAAUGAUGAAAGUCCCGUCUAUGAAGGAGUGGAAGGAGGAAACAUCACAGUUACAUGCAAAUUUUAUAUCCCCGGAAGUAAGACAUUGUUCUGCAAAGACCAAUGUAAAAAAGGAAACAUUCUCAUUGAAACACCUGAUUACACAGCUCAGAGCGGCAGAUACAGCAUUGAAUAUGAAAAAGAUAAUUUCUUAACUCCUAUUGUGCAUGUGAGCAUCACACAGCUGAGCAACUCGGAUUCAGGACGGUACAGCUGCAGACUGGACACAAGUUUUGAACCAUGUGAUUUUCAGCUUGUCAUCACAGGAGGUUUGUCCUUGGAGCUGGUUAUACGUUUAUCUGUGGUGGUGGUUCUGCUGCCUGUUGUUCUGCUGCUCAUCUACAAAAUCACGGCCGAGGGCUCUAACGGUUUGAACUGCAGGAGACACUCAGCAUAUGACCACACUGAGAUUGGUCUCAGUGAAAUCGAUCGUCCAGUCUCCUCAUGUGAAGACUCGACCUACCAAAGUCUCAAUACAGCGAGCAGAGAUCACGACCAAACCUACUCUACACUCAGACACAAUAACCAGUUUUCAGACAUGAACUCCUGUUAAGCUGAAUGACUGCAUGAACAGUCAUUUUUCCUUCUGAAGGAAAAAUUACUUUUUAAACCAAGUUACCAGGGUCAGUGAUGAAGAUUUGAUCAUCAAAGAGCUGUAAAAGCAGGAAUGAGAUUAUGGACCUCUUAGAAUCCACAAGUCAAUCUCAUCAAUGUCACCUUCUCCCAUUGCUUCAUCCUUUUCAACCCAGUAUCACGACCAAACAUGUAAUAGACGCGUUGCUCCACCAUGUACAUGUCACACUUUGCUCCUUUCAAAACUGAAAUGCACACGCAUGCAGAAGUUGCAGUAACAGCAGAGGGAGAUUUUACUUCAAGCCAACAUGAAAACAAUUACAGAAAAGCCUUUAAACAGAAGUUAUCAACACA